AUGCCAUCUCUUCAUAGCCUACCAACCGAGCUCGUAGAGAUCAUAUUCUUCAAACUCUCAGCGCGAGAUAUACUGGUUUGUUCUUCUACGUGCCAGUACCUUCGGCUACUUGUUCUGGAAUCAAGUUUACUGCAACUUAUUAUCGAGCUCGCUGUGUCCGGUCUGCGCCUGAGGAAUCAUGCCAAUGGGACGCUUUGGCAGAGCAUCUCUGUGCAUGAUCGACUGAACGCUCUGCGAAGAAGUGAGACCCGGUGGAGGAAUUUAAAUCCAAAGUACAUUGCACGCAUUCCACUCGAGCAAUUCGAGUACGAGGUCUGCGAUGGCCUCUUUGGACACGGCAUCUCCAUUGCACAUCCAUGGUUCCGAGGAAUCGAAAUUAACAGGAUUGGUUUAUCAGAUGAAAAUCAGAGUUGUCCAGUUUGGAGGCGAUACGACGACGUGGGGAUCUUUCUGGCCGAUUUCUCCUUUGAUCUCGCCAGCGACCUGCUUGUUCUGGCAGCUGCUCCAAUUCAACACAGAACCGCUAAAGACCUCCAUCUUCGAACGCUCUCAAGCAAUGUCGACCAUCCUCUUGUUACCUAUCCGAUUCUGAGAGGACCCGGAUCAGAAACCUGGUUGAAUACAGAUAUAAAGAUCGCCGGUACAUAUCUGGCGGUUCAUUUCGGCCACCCGACCUUCAUUGGACCUGAACAGGGUCGCCUCUGUAUCUGGGAGUGGCAGACGGGUGACCUGUUACACACUACCACCAGCACUUCAGGCUUUGCAUUUCUUUCACCGGCCUCUGUUGCCGCCACUUUCUUCAUAGAAGAAGAGAACGGUGACGCAGUAACGGAAAUCGGUCUCUUCCGAAUAGGUUCCAAAGAGCCGAUCGUGGAACUCGAGCUUCCCUUUCGAGCACACCCGACAAUGUGUAGUGUCCUCUCAGAUCGACCUCUUGUCGACGCACCCAGUUCAUUGAGCAACCACUCACCUGCACCCUUCAUGGCAGACGAGACCGCCGCUAAAGUUUUCGUGCUGCAAAUGGACAAUUUUAACCGACACAUCUUCGUGGCUGUAAAGCCGCUAUUGGAACUCUUGGACGCAGGUGCACUCCGGUCCUCGAAUUCAGCAAUACCUCAUGCAAACCGCUACUCGUGGACUGAGUGGGGUCCUCCUAGUACCUUCUGGCUCCAAUCGCACGUGAUAGAACCAGGCUACACCUCCGUUAGCGGAUCAAGAGUAUGUGCCGUCUCUCAUAUCAAACAAUUGUUCGACACAAAUGUCCCCUCUGGGGAGGAGAACAUGGGAAUAGUACGUUCCUGCACCCUGGGGACCGAGAAUGUACGGCCAGGCGCAACAACCAUCCUUGUCAUGGAUUUUAAUAUGCGCUCAAUUGAGUAUCUCAAUGGCAGGGCAGGACGCACAGACCUGUUUGCACCCAACAUUCGAUGGGAGAUAGACGUUGAAGGGGAGACAAUGAUAUCCACACUUCCCUUCCGUGCAUUUCAAAUCGAACAAGUCCCCUAUAUCGAGGCUAUUGUGACUCCCGAUCACAUCAUCGGAAUACGGGAUACUCAGGAUGGCACAGUUUACGAAGUGCUUCAGUUCACAGAAUGA